GACGUCACACAACAGGUACUCGUUCACACACGAAUUCAUUCAACCUGUCAACAGAAGAAAAAGUGCAUGAAAAACAAUAUCUAAAACUUUUUAAAACAUGUUGAAUAACAAAUUGGAAUAUUUUCUUCAAAAGUCAAAGUAAAGCAAAUUGACAUUUAUUUAAAAUGCAAAAAUAAAGCAUUGAUGGAAUAAACUUCGGAACAGGAAUUUUCUUUUUGGAUUUUAAGUUGUAGCUGUAUCUAUAUGUAAGGCAUUGGAAUAUUAAGUAUGUCAUCUGUAUGUCAAGGCUAACAUAUGAUUGACAAAGUAAACUCCGACUAUGCCAUCACUAUGUCGUGUUGUGAUAAUAUACUGCAAAGGAUUAACAAUGAACUACCUGAUGAGUGGGAGGCAAAGUUGGUGGCAGAGCAAGGACGCAUUUAUUAUCUAAGUCAUGCAGGGAAAACCUCCUCAUGGGUACCUCCUACAGAGAGCUGGGACCCUGGUAGUUUGGGACUACCUCAUGGGUGGGAAUGUGCUGUGGACAAGAAUAACAAACCAUACUUCAUCAAUCAUCUUGACAAGUACACAACACGUGACGACCCCAGAGAUGACCCAGAUUAUGUAGAGCCACCCAAGCCUCGGGAGGUAGAAUUGAAUCGUGAUCCAUUGAAAGGAUUUGGUUUUGUUGCAGGGAGUGAGAGGCCAGUUGUUGUCAGAUUUGUUACUGAUGGUGGACCAAGCAUUGACAAACUAUUACCAGGGGACCAGAUCAUCAGAAUCAAUGGAGAAGAUGUAAAGAAAGCACCCAGGGAAUAUGUCAUUGAUUGUGUUCGAUCCUGCAAAGACAAGAUUUCUCUGACUGUUUGCCAACCAUAUACUGAUAAUUCCAUUAGGAAGUCUGCCUUGUUAACUGCUGCCAAAAAAGCCAAAUUAAAGAGUAACCCGUCACGAGUUCGGUUUGCCGAAUGUGUGACUGUCAACAUGGUCAAUGGCAGUUCGCCACCACAACAUCCGUCCCACUUAGAGAGUUAUGUGCCUUUCAUGCCUAAUGUAUUGAAGGUGUUCCUGGAGAAUGGACAGACAAAAUCAUUCAAGUAUGACAACAAAACCACAGUAAAGGAUGUGGUAUAUUCAUUACAAGAAAAGCUGAGUAUAAAGAAAGUCCAACAUUUUAACUUGGUGCUAUUAAACAUUAAAAGUCAUAUGCCAAAUCGUGUAACACUGCUGCAAGAACACGAAACUUUAGCUGAGAUUGCAUCUAAACCUGGUGCUCGCCAUUUUCGUUGCCUAUUCCGUGUAAUGUUUGUCCCUCGUGACCCCUAUGACCUGCUGAAGGAAGACCCUGUAGCCUUUGAGUAUUUCUAUCUUCAGUGUUGCAAUGAUGUUGUUAACGACAGAUUCCCUGAUUUGAAGGGUGAUACCAUAUUAAAACUGGCAGCUUUACAGAUCCAACAACAUGCCAUGUCUAGCAAUGCAUCUGGCAAAAUCAAUCUCAAAGCUAUUGAGAAAGAAUGUGGGUUAGAAAAAUUUGUACCUGUUUUCGAGAGAUCUACAAUGAAAGGAAAAGAUUUAAGAAAAUUGCUGACUCAGCAGAUGAAAAUGAAUCAAAACUUAACAGCACCGGGACAGAAACAUCUGACGGCACUGCAAGCCAAACUACAUUACAUGAAAAUCGUCAGUGAACAGAAAACAUUUGGUAGUCGUGUGUUUAUGGUAACACUGCUGGAUAAGAAAACAGAAGCUAUGGUACUUGUAGGACCAAAAUCUGGGAUAAGUCUGAUUACCAACAUAAAAAAUUACAGUCUUUCUUUGUUGGCUGAUUUUGAGAAGUUAAAGAAAAUGAAAGUAGCCAAAGAGAAAGAAAAUAUGCAAAAAGUGGAGAUUUCAAUGAGUGGAGAUGAACAACAGACACUGAACAUAGGUCUGUUGAAGCAAGAUACUCAGAACUUUGUCACAAUGGUGGAAGGUUACUACAGAAUAUUUGUGGAUCCUCAAAAAAGUUUGUCAGAGAAACCUGCCAGCAAACAAACUGCUGAUCCAUUAGUACCAGUUUAUACCAGUAAGCAUCGUGUGAUAGCAGCUCCUUGGAGUUACCCAGAAGAUAUUGUCUCUCAAGUGAUUGGUAUAGAAGAUAGUGAAAUCACAGAGAACCAGAGGGUGGUUGAUUGUAGACGAGGUCCACCAAACUAUGAAGAAAGUCAAGAAUACAUUAAACAAAUAAAAGAAGAUUUGGGUAUUGAGGGAGAAAAUAAAGAAAAUGGUCCUAUGGAUACAGGAAUUAUCUCCCUUGUUCAAGAUGACAGUGAAAAUAACAAUGUUCAGAAAGACGAUAAACCUAAAAAUAAAAGUGUUAUAAUGAUUGGAAAGGAACCAGAUACAUUAAUACAUUAUACAAAUAAAUUAAAACGUCCAGGGGAGGAAACCAGUCCAAUAGUUAGCGACAAAAUUCCAAAGAAAUCUGAUGAAUCCAUUGAUCAAGGUUAUCAGAAUGGAAGCAUGUAUGAGUCUUCUGAAAUUAAACCUCCGAGCAGUGACGAACUUUCUGAUACUGACAGUGGUGUAGAAAGUGAAAAGAAGAUCGUAAUUGGAGAGUUAGGUCCCCCUGAUUCUCUCCCUGGAGAUGCAGAGAGCGUGGAUAGUGACAGUGAUAGUUGGGGUCAUCCGUCAAGUAGUCCAGAAAAAGGUAGACUUGUGGAAGCUACUAAUAUGGGUAUUUUGUGGUUUGAUGGGUUAAGUUUUGGUAUCCACAAUCCAGAUGAACUGCCAAGGUCAGAGACCGACUUCCAGGUUAUAGCUUCUAGCUUUGGUCUUCUGAGUCCUGACAAGAUUCCUGCUGGAAUACAAGAUGGAAUCUUAGAUCCAAGAAUGUUCUCGGAAAGAAAGUUAUUUAUAGAUCCUGAUAUUAUAGAUUUAACCUUGUUACCACCUCCCACAUCACAUGAACAAGAUGAACCAAUGACAACCUGGCAGCCAUCACUUACCUCCAGUUUACCUAUUGGUUAUGAUGUAAGGAAAGAAACUGAAAGUAAAAAGCCACAUCAUCCUGCCUUAGUGGAGAGAUCAGCCAGCAUGGGAGACAAUCCAGAUUUCCUGGAUGACGACAUCGAUUCAUUUAUCGCCUCCAUGAUGAUUCCACCCCCACCCGAUUCAUGCAUGACGGAUGAUUCUUCUCACAAUCUUGCAGACUCUUUGCAGUUUCAUUUCGAAGACGAGGAUUCUCAAAUGUUUAAUGGUGCUGAUUCAUUGAUCUCAUCUGAUGAACUUUUGAAUUCAUUAGUGAUUCCUCCGCCUCCUGGUGAGGUGUCAGAAUCUAUUGACGAAAUAAAAAUAGUCCCUCCUGUAGAUAGUGAAAUGUCAGACUCAAAUCAUUCAGAUAGUAUGAAAAAACGUUACUCACAUAGAAGAUCUAGUUCUCUUGAUGUUUCUAGUCUUCGAUCAUUCAAUGAAUCAUUAACACAGUCUGAAUCAAAGACAGAAAGUAGUCCCAAACCAUGUGAUAAAAAUAUUACUCCGCCGAAAACAUUACUGACUGCUCCAAAUCCUGUGAAGGAUUUUGAAUCACCUGCAACAGUUUCAGAAAAACUUAAUAUUCUACUUCAAUCCAUGCCAAGUUUUGGUAAUGUGUCCGAGAGUGAUAUGAAAUUUAGACGGACUUCGUCGUUACGUUUGGGGAAGAGUGCUUCGUUUGAAGUUCUUAAUUCACCGACAAAAGAACAGGAAGUGAUUCAAACUAAGAAAAUUGCGAGAAGCAAUUCAUUUCAGGUGCAUUUAAAUGGACAACAAAGUGUUGGAAAAAAUGUUGAACUUCCCCCUAAAAAACCAGGACCUACUUAUAUUUCACCAAAGAAAAAUAGACCCGCAGAUCCUGUGAAGAAAAGUGAUGAAUCUAAAAGUCCUGAAAAAUCUGAAAAUUCUAAAUAUUCUCGUCAUUUGAGACGGACUCAUUCAUUUGACAUUAUACCGAAAAAAGACGAUGAUAAAUCAGGAGGAGAUAAUUUCGCCUCGCUGAAAGCCAAAUUAAAAUCUUAUCGUGAUUAUUUAUUAAGUAAAUCAGAUGAUACAAAACAAAGAAAAUCAUCUAUAACCUCAACUGAUAUAACCACAGAAACAGCUAGCAGUGAAUCAAAUAGUCCUUUAAAACGUUCAAAUUCUUUUACAUUCAAUUGGCUUAAACGUAGAUCCAACUCACUGGAUUCUUUGGAUACCAGAAAAAAUAAAACAGAAACUGAAAGUGGACCGUCAAAUGGAUCAAAGGAAAGUGAAGAAAGUGCCAAGAAAUUUCCUCAGGUUUUAAGCACACUGACUCUGCCAAGAUCAACAUUUAAACCUCAUUCCACACUAUCAGUACAGCAUUAUACAUACCCCCUUGAUAAAAAGGGCACUGCAAUCACGAAUUCAAUUCACAUGGAAGAGAGACAGAGAACUGCACAAAAGAAAUCAGGUCCAAUGAAGGCUUUAUCAUCUGUUCUUUCAUCUGGUGAUAAAAAACACACUGCUGAUUCAGAAUCAUCAACUCCAGUUAAAGUUGCCAAUGGCAACAUCAAACAUGAGGAUCCAAAUGAUAAGGAUCAGACAAAUGGAGUCCAAAGACCUAGAAGGAACUCACAAAGAAGAGGCAGUAAAGACGACAUUUCUGGUACAUACACACCUAAAUCUAGUACGAAAGGAGACGUAAGUCCAUUUGGGACAUUAGGCAGUAAUAGUAGUAUAUGGCGCCCAAUGUCAAUGAGAGGCAAGAGUACGAUUAAAGACGAUUCAGAAGAAGCGAGGUCAUACACAAACUUUGAUGCUCUUCGUGAUAUCACUGCUGGAAAAACUCCUCAGGGAACGGACAAAAAAGUGAUGAGAAAGCCUCCACCUGUGCCAACGGGGAAUGCCGAAAGUAAGAAAACAAGUGUUCAAACAUCUGUUCCCAAUGGUGAUGUGCGACAGAGAAAAGGUUCAUUUUCUGAAGAAAGUUUUGCAAUUGUUAGUGACAGAAUUAGUGUUAGCCAUUCAGACUCAGUGAAAUUAAUCUUAGAAAAGACAUAUAGUAUAAGUGACUUUGAAGAAGCCACUCGUGAUGCCGAGCGGCUUCUAUCAGAACUUAAACAAACACUUGAGACAUUAAAAGAUACCAGAAUUGACCGUCGUCCAAAACAGUUUGGUAUGUGCAAAGAGGAACUCAAUAACCGAGUCAAACAAUUUGUGUAUGAUGCAAAAUUUCUUGUCAGUAAUGCAACACAGACGAAAGAAAAAUUAGCAGAAAAUCUGGACACUUGUAUGCAUACUUUAGCAAAAGUCUUCCUUCACGCUCAGGCAACCAUGAUCAUGAUGGUCGCAGUUCACCAAGCACAGCAGCUAGGGUUUGAGGUCAUAAAGGUCACAAACUCAUUUAAAAGUACAGUAAAUGCUGCCCAGGCUGCAUGCGGAAAGCCGUUGUCUGAUCCUCAUAUGCGUUACUUAAUGAGACAGGCAACCAGUUUAGCGACACUGCUGAGUAGUUUGUUAAAACAUUUAAAAACAUUAGAACAGAAUUAGAUUUAUAGUCUGUUGUUUAUUGAAAUUUUUAUAAAGUCCCAAAUAUUUAUUAAUGUGUAACCAAAAAUCCAUACUCCAAAAAUUAAAAAUGCUUACUUUAGAUGGGUGUCAAGUACUUUUGUACAGUGAAAAUGUACAGAUAAGUGAAACUCUUAAAGGUUGUUACACCAUUUUGAAAGUACCUUCUCUAGGUACCAUUCAUGCUUGAAACGGCCCUUAUUUAAAUAUAACAGGUAUAUAAAUGAAAUACCUGUAUUAACAAAAUUUGUUAAAGUCCUUUAAAAAAUAAAACAGGAAAUAUUAAUUAUUGAAGAAUUUUUUGAAAUUUUUAAAAAGUAUUAGAAUUAUUUUUAAUGUAUCAAUUUUUUAGAAAUUUAAUAAUGUCAUCAUAAUUAUGAGUUUUGUAUCAACUUGCCAAUUUGAUAUCAUUUAUACAGAGUUGUUUCCCCUUCCUAAUAUUAUAUAGAUCCUUUAAUAACAGUGGUCUUAUAUUUAAGGUGAACAAAACCUUCUGUUUAAACUAACUGAUAAUUUAAAGAUAUUGAAAAAUGAAAAAUACUUCUUCUUAAAAUUCUUGAAAAUAUUUUUGUCUCAUUUCUCGAAAAUAUUUUUUAUCUUAUGGGACAUUAGAAUUUGGACUGGAAAUUAUUUGAAUUUUGUCGAUCUGAAAUACAUUUUUGUCAGCCCAAUCCUAUAAUUCUAUAGAGAAUUCACUUAAAUUUGCCAGACAUUUUACAUUUUUUUUCAGUCAAUUUGUUCCUUUUUUGCAUGUUACUUUUUAAGAACCCUGGGCCCUGUCUCCCCUUUAAAUAUAGAACCUCUGUUAUUAACUAAGCAUCUAUUGUUUAUGUUAUAUUAUUGCUUUAUUUUCUUGAUGGAUCUGAUGCUUACAUGAAUUGUUCUGUGAUAAAUGUUUUUGUUAUUUGUUUGUUUUUUUGUAAGUUUUAUAUAUAUAAAUAUCUUUAUCGUUUCGUAUUUUUUGUCCACAUUCCAUAUUUAUUACAUAGUAUUUACAUUCCAGAAUAAGUACAGAAAAUUGUAAAUAUAAAAACUGUAUAGUAUAUUGUAUUGUAUGUUUCCAUGACAACCGUUGUAAUGUUAAAUUAUAGCUUUAAUAUAUCAAAAUAUUUAAAAUAAGUUGAUUUAUCGUGAAAGUUUAUAUUUAUUCACAGUUAUCAAAUUUGGUGGGAGAAAACGUAGCCCAAUAAAAAUCAAUUUUUAUGAACACUUAUAUUUUCCCAAACAUAAUACCGAUUUUUUUUACGAUUGACACUUUCACGCUUUAGAAUAUUUGGUCAGAAUUUUAAAAUGAUUCUUUAGAAAAGUAUUUUAUCUUUGAAUAAAUUCCGGGAUAAAAUUCUGUGUCUAAAACCAUCAAUCUUGUUAAAAUAGUCGUUAAGAUAAUAUAAGGGUACAAAAUUUACACUUUUGUAUAACAAUCAUGAUCUUUCUUAUGCUUUUUAUAUCUAUCUUAAUGGUUAUAUUGUUCAAGCUUUAAACUGAUCUUGUCUGAGAGUGGUUUUUAAUGAGAGGAUUAACUAUACAACAAUAAAAUUGUUCGUGAAUAUACACGUUGAGUCAGUGAAUCAACAUUUGUGUGCUUUGAUGGUUUAAACAGGUACGUUUAAAAUUACACCUGUACACGACUUUUGGCAGCGAUACAAGAACGAUUAUCAACAGUAAAUGUUGACUGAUUAUUUUAUUGGUAGAAAAUUUAACCAAUUAAAACUUGAGAAGUGCAUCUUUUUUCAUGUGUAUAAGUCUGAUAAAUUAGUAAUUAGGAUUUCGCAAUACUAAAUGGAACUUUUUAUAGGAGAUCGUGUAAACUAAACACAAAAAAAGGAUAUGAAUAUAAUAUAUGCAUGAAGGACCAUAUGACAAGCUUCUAUUUUCACAAAAUAUCUUAAAAGUGAACCAAGUAUACUCUGAAUACUUAAACAUAGAAAUUUUUCAGGGGUUGGGCUAACUCAUUUUUCACAAUUUUUUUAAACUUGUUUUUGGCAUGGGUAUGAAAUGUACACUUUUGACAUUUUCAAUUUUUUGCAGAUAUUUUAUAAUAUUGAUAAUAAAAUUUCCUCAUUUACAGUGAAUGAAUAUAUUUUGGUAGUCGUUAAAAUCAUUUUAGUUAUAUAAGAUGUUUUGUGAGAUGGGUUGCUUAAAUUUUGUAAGAUGAAUUUACCAAUGGAAAUGAAAUCCUAAGGUACUAUGAUAGUAUUAAUGUUAAUGUCUCAAUAUGUAAACUGGUGAAUUUCUUGAAUUAUUUGAAUUAACUAUGCCAAAGUAAAAAAUGUAUGUGUUACUUUUUAAGAAGUGAGCUUGUGAUUUCUGUCUCUAAACAACAUAUGUUUAAGACACAUUUUCUGGGUAAAAAAGAUUCUACAUCCCAAACCAAAGACACCUUCAUAUAGUUGUUGCUUUAAUUUAGAUAGCUUUAUAUACAUAUAUGAUGCUAAAAGUGUUACAUAAAAAUAUCAUUUAAAUUUGAUCCCAGAUACUUUUGUUGUACCUGUAAAGAUAUUACAAAUGUACACUUAAUGUCUUUGGCAUAUUUAAAGUGUAAUAAAUCUUGCCAAGAAAAAAAAGCUAUGCAUUUUUUGGAUGUUACUAGAUUUUUGCUUCAAAAUUGUAGCUCUAGAAAGCUGUGAAUAUUUUGCUUCUGUUCAGAUGUUUAUGUGUAGCUAAUUAUUUUGGUGGAUGCAAAAUUUUUAAAAUGUUUCACUCUUACAAGAAAAGAUGUUUUUUAUUUUAAAUGGACAGAAUUUUUCAAAGUGAUUUUAAUUGUAAAUAACUUUCUUUUUUUUCAAAGUUCCCUAGACCUUAUGCUUAUUCUUGAGAUAAUUUUAAAUCAUUUUGGAUACUCUGAUCAAUUAUGGUUGGUUUAGAGGCUAUAAAUAGUAAAUGGCAAAAGUUCGAAGUAAAACGUUCAAAAAAGGAAAUUUUGCACUCCACCAAAAUUUUCUGCUAUACAGUUCAAGUAAAAAUCUGUGCCAAAUAAUAUCUUAAAAUAUAAUACUCGGUGAAAUACUGUUUUUGUUACACUGCUGAUUUCAAUCAAAUUAUUGUUUUAUUACAUAAAAUUAUCUCCCCUUAAAAAGUUGCUUCCCUUAAUUUGAAAAUGUGAAUAUUUUGUCAGUUCUGAUCUAGAAUGUUCAUGGAGUUGAACAUUUAAAACAUUUCAUGAUAUUUGGAAAUCUAAGAUGAGGUUGUAGGAAAGUUCUUGUUUUUCUCUUUCAUAUAUGUCUUAAUUUUAUUGAAAUUUAUAUAAAAUUUGAAGGGAAGUAACUCGUGUUUACAGAAUCUAUUAAGCAGAUUUGAUUUCAUAAUAUGAAAAAUAUUUAUGCCAUAUAACCAAAACCUUUUAAAUAUAAUGAGUUUGUAAUAAUUUAUUAACUUUUACCCUGCAUAAUUAACAAAAAUAGUAUAAAAUGUAUGAAAUAUGCACGAGAAAAAACAGGAUUUUUAGUUCAUGCAUAUAUGCUUUAACACAUAUUGUUCUCCAUAAAAAAAUCUGUAUCUUUUCAUAUGCUCAAUCCAUGUACAUUGUACCCUAUUAACUUACAUUCUAACAGUGAAACAUAUAUAAAUGAAAUUAUACUUUAUACAAUCAAGAAAAUAUUAUGAAUAGGUUUAACUUUGGUCCCUUUAGUAUUUAAGCAACAACAUUUCUUAAAAGAUGUUACAUAAAUGUUAGCUUAUAUAAAAAAUUUCUUAAGCAUUGAAGUUGAACAAUAAAAAAAGUUCAAAAUAAGAAAAAUUCAAUUUGAAGAUAUUACCCUCCUUAUUUGUGACUUAUUGCAUGGAGUUGUAUAACAAAGAGUUGUGAAAAUGGGAAAAUGUGAAAUUUUUAACUUAAAAUGUUUUGAUUGAUAAAUGUUUCACUGUAUGUAUCAUUGUUUAUAUACCUUAAUAGUUGUGAUAUAUAAUAUCUGUAUGAUAAAUUGUGAUAUACAUAUAUAUAAGAAAUGUACGGUACACAAUUAUUUGCAAUAUACACUUGUUAAAAGUUACCUCAUAUAAAUGGUAUACAAAGAUUUGUAUGAUCAUAACACAAUAAAAUGUGUUAAGUUUUAUAUGA